AUGUCUGAUACAGUCGAUACUUCUCUAGCCUCCUCUCGUAAGAGUAAUAACGAAAGGGCGCACUGGAGGAGCAAGUGCCGGCAAAAGCUCUCAGAGCAUAUUAGCACGAGUCUCGAGCUGCUAGUCGAGCCAGCGCAGGUCCGUCUGAUCACUACUAGCGAUGACCAAUAUUGUUGGAAAGUGCUUCCCGGGAAAGAGCACCUCUUCGAGAAGCAGAUGAGCAAACACUCUAUUGGAGCAUACAUGGAGCUAUUUCGAGAGGUUGGAGUUUCGUUCGAAGCUGUGCUGGCGACUAGUGAAACGACAAAACAAGAUCGAGGCAGCGACAAUACAUUCUCCAGGAAAAUCGAGCAACUCGAGAGCAACAAGCAAUCACUCAUCGAGGAGCUCUGUCUCUGCAAGAGCCGGGUUGAGCGGGCUGAAAAGGAGAUUGACCAACUCAGGACGACAGUCUAUAGGCUGAAAACACAGGACGCCCAAAAGAUAGAUCUAAUUAACGAGUACAGAAACAUUACUGUCAGGUCGUUAAAAGAUGCAAACAGCGCCUUUGAGAAAUUCAGGUUGUCAGCCGUUGCUAGAGAGUGGGAUGAUAGAUGGAGUAGUCUCGACACAUGUAGCUACAGUCCAGAGGAAGAGCGGAUGCAUUUAGACUAA